AUGUCCUUGUGUGCACACAUCUCCUUGCUCUCCUGCUCUCUUCUGGUCCUCCUACCUCUCUCUAUAUCAUUCUAUAUUCCUGACUCCAACCCACUCCUGCUCUUCAAUGAUCAAGUCAGAGAAAGACAUCUCUACACAGGUAUUAAGCUCACUUCUCUUCUGUCUUAUGUUCAUUCACUUUUUUUUUACUUAUUUCAGGUGUGUACUUAUCGAUCCUUCGGUUUAUCCUCGCAGUAUGUAGGCCAUCUUUUUUUCCUAGUAGUAAUAGUUAUUGCCUCUUAAAUACUGUUGUUGUUGUUGCUGUUGUUGCUGUUGUUGUUGUUGUUUACAUGUAAUGUAUCCCCCCCCCAGAUAAUCAAAGAAAAGAACUGUUUCUGGAGAUGACCGCUGAUGGAAAAGUGACAGGGAGCCCUGCUCAGACCCUUCACAGUAAGUCAGUGGCGGUCGGUGCCUUUUAAGAUUAGGGAGGAUGUUUUUUUUUUAUGAGCAUGGCCUUUUUUCUAUUACAGCAUAUUGGAUGACUGUCAUUCAUAUUCCAUUCACCCAGCUCAAUGUAACAUCGAUAGGUUUAGGCUACUACCCAUCAUGAGGUUGCUACAACCUAGCCUACGAAUGAAAGUUUACAACGUAGGUGCACAGGUCGAGCGAAAAAUUGGAUUAAUCAAGAUGACAGACAAUGAAACAUUCAAUACCGCCUUGCACACUCUUGCCUCCAUCUAGCUGAUCUAGGGUGUAAUUAUUACUCCAAACAGUUGCAAACAAGAGUUUCUAUUGGAGAAAUUCUGGUAUGUUUAUCCCUGUUUCGUUUCGUUUUCUUCCGUUUAAGAAACGGUGGAAUUAAUACACCUCCGCUAACCCGCACACACAAACAGCAUGACCACUUUGCUUGUUGUAUAAUUCCUUUUCGCAUCUACGCGCUCUCCUCCUUUCACCUUUUCCCUUCACUUGUGGACUUCAGUGCACAACACAACAGCUGUCUGUGACCAGGCAAAAAAACUAUCUCUCUCUCUUGCUUCUCCUUUGUUUUUGAAGAAAUGAAAACUGUUCAACUAUUGUCUUUCUCUCGCUUUGAGUCAACUACUCACCACAUUUUAUGCACUGCACUGCAAUGCUAGCUAGCUAUAGCUUAUGCUUUCAGUACUAGAUUCAUUCUCUGAUGCUUUGAUUGGGUGGACAAUAUGUCAGUUCAUGCUGCAAGAGCUCUGAUAGGUUGGAGGACGUCCUCCGGAAGUCGUCAUAUUUACUGUGUAAGUCCAUGGAAUGGUGUAAGAACCAUGAGCUUCCUAGGUUUUGAAUUGAAGUCAAUGUACCCAGAGGAGGACGGAAACUAGCUGUGCUCCGGCUAGACCAUGGUGCUACCCCAGAGAGUGCUGAUGAGGCUACUGUAGACCUUCAUUGCAAAACAGUGUGUUUGAAUGCAUUAUUCGGUGACAUGAAUAUAUUUAGUAUAGUUUUAUCUAAAACAGAUCACUUUUUUAAUGCUUCACUGUGUUUUUUUUUCUGAAAUUCAUGUGUUUGACAGACAGAUAGACGUUACAGAAUUGAGUAUUAUGAAGUUUACACUAUUAUAUAUCAUCUCCCAAACACUUGAAUAAUAGAUGACACUUGUAUUGAAUGUGUUUACUGUAUGUUCUCAGGUGUGUUGGAGUUGAGGUCAGUUCGAGCAGGUGAGACAGUUAUCAAGGGUCUGUCCUCAUCCCUUUUCCUCUGUGUGGACAGCACUGGCCAGUUGAGGGGACAGGUGAGCAGCGGACAAAUAUCAUCUACUCUAGCAUGAAAUAUGGCACAGUUAAAUGCCUUGCUUCACUGCAUCUAACAAAAAAAACGUAAAGUUAAAAGUCUGAUUUGUGAUUUCGAUGUUAUUCAUUUCCUCAGAGCCACUACACAGAGGCUGACUGCACCUUCAGAGAGCAGCUGCUAGCUGAUGGAUACACUCGUUUCCUCUCUUUACAUCACAAUCUUCUUGUGUCCCUCACCUCAAAACUCUCCACACCGCAACAUGGGCUCCCGUUCUCUCGGUUCCUUCCCCUGAGAAAUAUUUUGGUAUCUGGAAGUAUGACAACGAAUACAGAUGAAAAUCGACAACAGAAUCAGCAACAGCUUGACCUGGACUCAGAUGACCCUUUCGGCAGGGGUCUCACUGGUGUGGUCAGUCCACAGUUCUCCUGGGAUAAGUGA